CCUUAUGGCUUCUCUGUAUGAAUUGGAUGACUGGUGUGACAUUGUCUUUUUAGGUUGUUGAGACAUGUUGAACAAAACUCCAAAAGACAACCUGGGUGAGCAGAAGUCGAGUCAAUCUAGGAAGGACUCCAAAGAGCAGUCCAUUACAAUAUGUCUACUGAGUGCAGCCAUCUUUGGUGCGCUGGGAUCAUCUUUUCUUUAUGGUUACAACCUCUCAGUGGUCAACGCUCCUGUUCUGUACAAUAAGGCUCUGUACAAUAAGACAUGGAUUGAGAGAUAUGGGCACCCUGUUGGAGGAGAGCUAGGCUCCAUCCUGUGGUCCAUCACAGUGUCCAUAUUUUCUAUUGGAGGCCUUCUUGGAACAUUGUGCGCCACGUUCAUCCUCAAAGUACUGGGAAGAAGAGGAACCCUGCUACUCAACAACAGCUUUGCAGUAAUUGCUGCUUUGCUCUUGUCGCUGAGUGAGACAGCAAGAUCUUUUGAGAUGCUCAUCAUUGGCCAUCUCAUAAUGGGAGUGGACUCUGGUAUAUCGCUCAGUGCCCUCCCCAUGUAUCUCGGAGAAAUUUCGCCAAGACGCAUCAGAGGUUCCAUUGGCCAGUUCAACUCCAUCCUGAUCUGCUGUGGAGUGUUUGCUGGUCAAGUGCUUGGGCUGCCUGAGCUGCUGGGUCAUGAGUCCAGGUGGAUCCACUUGUUUUCUUUCCUGGUAUGUCCUGCAUUCCUGCAACUGUGCGUGCUGCCUUUCCUCCCUGAGAGCCCUCGAUAUCUGCUAAUGGAGAAGAAUGAUAAAGUUGGAGCAGAAAAAGCAUUCCAGACAUUCUUGGGGAAGCAGGACGUGUCCAAGGAGAUGGAGGAGGUCCAGGCGGAAGCUCAAGCACAGAACAAUGUACACACAGUCUCCGUGUUAAAACUGAUUAAAACUCGCGCUGUUCGCUGGCAGCUCAUCACCAUCAUGGUCACCAUGGCCUGCUAUCAGCUCUGUGGCCUCAAUGCAAUUUGGUACUACACUAGUGGCAUCCUUCGAGAAGCGGGUUUUGCUGAGAACCUUCUUCCCUACAUAACACUGACCACAGGAGCCAUGGAGAUUUUAGCUGCCAUUGCCUCUGGUUUAGUUAUAGAACGAAUUGGGAGAAAGCCCCUCCUCAUAUUUGGUUUCUCUGCCAUGGCCGUGUGCUUCAGCCUGCUCACAGUGUUCCUCAAUUUUCAGAACAGUGUGUCAUGGAUGCCCUACCUCAGUUAUGUCUGCAUCCUGACUGUGAUUGCAUCCUUUUGCUCAGGGCCAGGCGGGAUUCCCUUUAUCCUGACGGGAGCAGUCGAGCAGUCCUACCGGCCAGCUGCGUUCAUGAUCGCUGGCACCGUAAACUGGCUGUCCAACUUUACCGUGGGUCUCCUGUUCCCAUUCAUUCAAGAGACAUUCCAGACCUUUGCCUUUCUGGUGUUUGUGGUGGUCUGCAUUUUGGGAUCUCUCUACCUUUAUUUCAUCCUGCCCGAAACAAAAAAUAAAACAUUUAUGGAUAUCAGCCAGAGCUUUGCCAAGAGGAAUAAAAUCACCAUCCAUGCUGCUGUUCAGGAAAUGAAGGUGAUCGUGCCCAGUAAUCCUGACAACGCUGAGCCCAAAGGAAUUGACCAUGAUGCCACUGAGAAAGCUGGUGGUGGGCAAAACUGCACUAAUUAUGCAGAUUUAGUUUAAAAUGCAAACCAGCAGGAUGUCAUGGGUGUUUGUUUUUUUUUUAAAUCAGGGAUCAAGAAUUAAAAAGUGAUUAUUCCAUUUGAACAGUUUUCUACAGUUUACAUAUUUUGCUUACCUUGAAUGUGUCAGGAAUAUCAUUGCAUUACUGUUUACAAAACUUGCCUUAUUCAAAUGAAAUCAGCUAGA